AUGUCUGAUCACGGAGACAGUGAGGUUGAUCCUUCAGAAGAGAUCAAUGUUGAUGAACUUGACUCGAGAAGUUGUUCUCCCCAUAAUUACGUAAACUCAACUGACAAUCAUCAAAAUGAAGCACCGUCGGAGUGCUCAACAUCACCACCACCAAUGCACAUCACUAAAACACCGAGUGAUACAUCACCUCGCAGUCAUCCAUUUAGUAUAAGUCGUCUGUUGGGUGAUGCUAGUGGUAGAAAUCAAGCAAAGAGCCCUAGCUCCGAUGAUCCCGACAGUGAUAAAGAACGAAGAUCAUCAUGGGUUUGGGAUGACAGCCACAAUCGUAACUCAAAUGAAGAUGAGAGGAGAUCAUGGGGCGUCGAGUUGGAGGAGAAAAUGUCAGAGAAAGAUGAUGAUGAUACAGGCAGUACACCGGAUAUGCAUGGAAAUGGUCAAAUGCAUCCAGCAGAUCUCUUGGCGCCAUUCAGACUUUUCCCAGGUGGUUCUGGUUUAAUAUACACUGGUGGUGGUGUCAUCAGGGUCCCCGCCCACAGACCACCAGGACCAAAUGGCCCACCUGGGAACGGCCUGACUUCUCAAGCAGGUCUUAUACCACCCUGGAGUCUUCAAGCCCUCCAACACAGCCAGCAGCAAGCUGCUGCUGCUGCUGGUCUCCAUCGGGCCAGCUUACUCGCCAAUCUCGCUCAUCCACUUCAAACCCAUCCACAUCUCAAGGAUCGUCUUGCAGUGGCUGGAGCUUUUCCUAGAAGAAUUGGACAUCCUUAUCAGAAUAGAACUCCACCCAAGAGAAAGAAACCGAGAACGAGCUUCACAAGAUUGCAGAUUGCUGAAUUGGAGAAACGAUUUCAUAAACAAAAAUAUUUGGCGUCGGCGGAGAGGGCAGCUCUUGCCAAGUCUCUCAAGAUGACAGACGCCCAGGUGAAGACGUGGUUUCAGAACAGGCGGACCAAGUGGAGACGACAAACAGCUGAGGAAAGAGAAGCUGAGAGACAAGCGGCGAAUCGUUUGAUGUUAUCACUGCAAGCAGAAGCUCUGGGAAAAGUUGGCUAUCCAGGAGGGGUGAGUAAUCAUCCUGGAGGAGCAUCUGUUGCAAACCUAGACGGGCAAUCCUCUGCACCACCUCUUGGACACACAGUCAACCAGUGGGCCUCACCCUACGGCCCACCUCAACCCCUUACCGAGCCCAUUUGCUAAAGAUAAAUGGUAUUUUCUAUAAAUCGAUAGAUCGAAUAGAAAAAGAACAGAAAAACAUAUCUCAUUUAUGUAAAUAAUACCCUACACUUGAACAAAUUAUUUGUAAGAUAUAGAGAGUGAUCUAGUGCGGGCGGCAAGUCAGAAGGUAUGCCAUGUAUAUACCACUUGAAUUAUUGAAGCCAGAUUAUUCUUAAUAUUGUAGAGUAUAGGAUAUCUAUAUAAUAUCGCGGUUAUAAUAUUACGAGUGGUUAUAACUCAAUGUCGGUGUAAGAAUUCCGAGAGAAAACAUACAAUAGGUGACAUGUAUUUAAAAAAUUAUUAUUAAUUGGUAGACGUAUUUGAAUAUGAUGUAUA